CCCGGUGCAAAAUGUGAGGGUCUGCCAACCGGCAAUUUCGCGACCGAGGUCCCUUGAGGAGCUAUUGUUUCAAGCCGUGAUUGAUGCCGUGUCUACUGUCAGCUAUAAGGAUGGGAAUUCAAGCUUUGCGAGGGCUAAAAGCAGCUCUUCGUGCACAAUGUCGGGGGAUGUCGCUGCAUUUCGCGAGCUCGGCUUCCAGCCCUUGGCCUCCUUGGUGGCGGCGCUCGCGUCGGUGGCGCCUUACUUCGGCAGCGCCAGGGCGGUUACACAAUCAGUCAGUCAGGCAGGCAGGCAGGCAGGCAGCCGCAGGAGUGUGAGCUGAUUAUGUUACGCUUUGGCAGCAUGUAUGAGGCAGCCUAAUUUGCCAUGCUUACCAGCAAAGCUCGACCUGCAGGACUGGCCAGCGAGCGCCAGCGCCCUGAAGACAGCUGGCAUGUUGUGCGGCGCCACAUCUGUUAACUCCCGGGCAGGGUUGCGUAGUUCGUAGUACGCGUACUAUGUACUACGUACUGUACUACGUACUGUACGCUGCCCUCGUGGGCUAGUACGUUGGUAAAAUACGUUGUGCUGGGGAAACCAGCGGGGUGGGCCGUGGCAGCGCUGUGUCGGGCGAGGGGCGCGAGGGGUGCUGGAAAGGAUGUCCGUCGAAGUUCGCGAACCAUGGCUGCUCUCCGCACUGCAGCUGUGUUUUCUCAUAAAAGUAUGAGUAUAAUUAGUUGAAGGAAAUUCCGCUAGAAGACUAUGGCCGCGCAAUUCCAAAAUCCCACCGAUUCGGGCAUGGUGCAGGCACGCGUGUCGUGUUUGCACCAGCUUUCCCCCCGGAUUUCAUGGCCCAGCGUAUUAUGCACCGUAUUUUAACGUACUGUACUAGAAAUCCUGGUACGCUGUAUUGACACGCGUAUUAUGGAGAGAGGGUCGCGUACUAUG